AUGGCUACAACCACUGCGCCGACGCGCCACCGGCUGGCAGCGUUGCAUCGGCAUUUGGCCGCAGGGCUGUCCUCGAGCCCUUCCUCGGCUGGGCAGCCGGAGCUGGAUGUGUUCGUGGACGUGUUCAGCAUCGACUGCUACUUGGCGUUAGAGCCGCUCAUCGCGAUGCUCGGCCGUUGCUGCCUCCAUUGGCGAAGUAGCAAGGCCAAAGCGCGCAUGUCGGUUCCAGUCGGUUCGGCAGACAGGAUGUCAGCGCUGUCCAAGAAGCAGACGUAUCAGCUGCGCAUCCAGCAGAGCUAUGCUGGACUCAGGGGGCUUCCGCUCGACCUACCCGGCGACGUCUCGGCACCCGGCUUCCCGAUAGCGCUGGCCUAUGUGUCGAGAUGCGAGGCCCCGGCCAUUGCACAGGCGUUUCUGCGUCGCUGCUUCGCGCUGGUCUUUGAUGGAUCGCAGCGCGUACCAGAGCUGGACGAGCCGAUCAUGAGGAGGAUCAUCGCGGAAAGUGGUGGCUCGGAGGAGAGGUUCCUUCAGUGGCAAAGAACUGAGGCAGAGAGUGCGCUGAAGGAGGAUCGGGAGCUGGAGGCGGAGCACAGCGUUUGGACGACGCCUUUCAUUGUGGAUCGAGGGACGAAGGAGGUCUACAUUGACGAGACCACCUUUCCUCUGCUGGCUCUGCAACUACGUCGACGUGGCUACGAUGUGCCCGAAGUCCAAGAGGCUCUUGGACCUUUGCCCCUUGUGCGAGUGAGUGGCAACCCGACGCGGCGGAAACGCCUGGACGUGUACGUGGAUCUGAAGAGUCCCUACGCCUACCUAGCCGUGGAGCCGACCUACUCGUUGGAGGAUGACUUCUACGUGGACCUCGUUUGGAAGCCCUUCGUCCUGGACAUCGCUGGGGUCUAUGGCAGCGCCGAGGUAGGGGCGCGAAACAACAAGGUCCGGCAAGGAAGCGACAAGCGGUCCCACGCACAGUGGAAGGCCGUGAAGUAUUCGUACGCCAACGUCCGCCGCUAUGCUGGAGAGCGCACGCCAAAGCUAACAGUCUUCGGAACACGAAAGAUCUGGGACACACGGUGGGCCUCGUUGGCUCUGCUUUUUGCCGCAGAGGCCGGGCGCCUGCGGGAGUUCCAACAGCGCCUGUGGCCUCCGUUUUGGCGACGGGAGCUGGAUCCGGAGGACCUGGAGGUGCUCCAGAAAGUGCUCGAAAGUGCGGGCGUCCCCGGGGCUGAGUCCUUUCCCGACUUUGCAAGGGGCACCGGGCGGGAACGGCUGGAGGCGAUCCAGCGGGAAGCUGUCAGCCAGAGUGUCUUCGGCGUGCCAACGUACAUCCUCGAUGGGCAGCUCUUUUUCGGCCGGGAGCACCUGCCGUUGCUGCGCCGACUUCUCUACGAGGGAGGCUUCGCCAAGAGAGUUGAUCUGAGCGUGCUGCGCUCACCAUACCUUUGGGAUCGGAAUGAGCUCUUCGCGGGGUUUUGA